CGCCUCCUCCGACCCCACCCGUCUGCUCUCUAUUCUCUCAAGUCACAACUUGAGCAAAACUUUCUGCGACCGAGUCCAUGUUGGGAAAUACAGCAAGAAUGCGCGGAGGACGGGGCUGUGCUUUAAAGCUAUUGUAAUAUACAGUAGAUAGAUAAAGUUUGUCUGCUGCGGGUGAUGUGAGAGGACCCCCCCCCCCACUCCAACAAGGACUAUGAGCGAUAACGACAUCUACGAGAUGGACUCCGUGUGUGAGACGGAGGACUUGGAGGGGGAUUUUGAAAUGGGCAUGAUAGACGAGGAAGUUGUUUACCCCGAGGAGUUUUUACCAACAUUUUACAGUAUUGAAGAAGGCUCAAAAGUCACCAAAGUGCAACUGGCAGAGUUUAAUGACAAGCCGGACUCUUUGUUCUUCAACGACGGUGUCAGGAGGAUCGACUUCAUCCUGGUCUAUGAGGAUGAGGAUAAGAAGGACUUUGAAAAGAGGCAUACGUACCAGCGCCGCAAGAGGCGGCGAGAGUACUUUGAAGCCAGCCUGAUGAAGAUGGGGAUGGAGCUGGAGGCAACGCAAUCUGUAACAGAUGAGAAACUGAUGUUUGUGAAAGUCCACAUGCCAUGGGACGUGCUGUGCACCUACGCCGAGGUCCUGCACAUCAAGCUCCCCAUCCAGCCCAACGACCUGUCCUCCCGCCCCUCUCCGUGGCGCCAUUUCUCCUGCAUCACCAAGUACUUCUACCCCAACGAGGACAUGAUCUCCAAGGAGACCGAGUACUUCACCGCCCCCUUUGAGAAAGAUCGUCUGGAGUACUUCUACGUGAGGGACAGAGAUCUCUUCUUCACCCCGUCCAUGAGGAGCAGGAUGGCAUAUUACAUCCUGAGUCGUGCCCCUUAUGAAACACGAGGGAGCAUAAGGAAGUUUGGCAUCACCAAACUGCUGGAUGGUGGAGUGUACAAAGCUGCCUAUCCCCUCCAUGAUUGUAGAUUCAAUGUAAAGUCCAAAGAAGAGGGCUGCCCCAACGAGAGAUACCUGCUCUAUGAAGAAUGGGCUCAUCCCAAAAGCUUCUACAAGAUGCAACCACUAAACCUCAUUAGGAAGUAUUAUGGGGAGAAGAUUGGCAUCUACUUUGCCUGGUUGGGUUUCUACACAAUGAUGCUGGCUCUGGCUGCUGUGGUGGGACUGGGCUGUUUCAUUUAUGGAUACAGAACUCAAGAAACCAGCACAUGGAGCAAAGAGGUGUGCGACCCUGACAUCGGAGGAAAGAUUAUGAUGUGUCCACAGUGCGACAGAGACUGUGAUUACUGGAGGCUGAACAACACCUGUGAAGCUUCGAAAAAACUUUGCAUAUUUGAUAACUUUGGAACCCUGGUGUUUGCAGUUUUCAUGUCAAUCUGGGUCACUUUGUUCCUGGAGUUUUGGAAGCGCUACCAGGCAGAGCUGGAGUACAUGUGGGACACUGUGGAGUUUCUGGAGCAGGAAGAGCCGUCUCGCCCAGAAUAUGAAGCCAAGUGCAUCUAUGAGAGGAAAAACCCGGUCACAGGGAUCAAAGAGAAAGUGCCCUAUACAGCCUGCGGACGAUGUUUUCGGGUGUCCAUAGGAAUUAGCACGGUCUUAUUCUGGAUUCUGUUGAUCCUGGCGUCCAUCGUGGCCAUCAUUGUCUACCGCCUGGCUGCGUUUUUUGCCUUCUCAGCCAAACUCAGAGCUCAGGAUUCCUUGAAGGAGCUGGAGCCCCUGAAGGAGUAUGUGACGCCUCAGAUGGCCACUUCUGUCACAGCCUCUCUCAUCAGCUUUGUUGUAAUCAUGAUCCUCAACAUCCUCUAUGAGCGGGUCGCCAUCUGGAUCACUGACUUUGAGCUUCCACGGACUAAGACGGACUAUGAGAACAGCUUGACCCUGAAGAUGUUCCUCUUUCAGUUCGUCAACUAUUACUCCUCCUGCUUCUACAUCGCCUUCGCCAAAGGGAAAGCGGUCGGCUUUCCUGGAGACCCUGUUUAUCUCUUGGGAAAAUACCGGAAUGAAGAGUGUGAUCCUGGUGGCUGUCUGAUCGAGUUGACGACUCAGCUCUCUAUCAUCAUGGGUGGAAAAGCCAUCUGGAACAACAUCCAAGAGGUCUUGCUACCGUGGGUGAAGAAUCUGAUUUUCCGAUACUGCACCAAUGUGGCUUCAGAGAAGGUGGUUCCUCGCUGGGAGCAGGACUACCGACUUCAGUCGCCUUCAAAACUAGGGCUGUUCUAUGAAUACCUGGAGAUGGUCAUCCAGUUUGGCUUUGUGACCCUGUUUGUGGCCUCCUUCCCUCUGGCUCCGAUCCUGGCUCUGGUCAACAACCUGUUUGAGAUCCGGGUUGAUGCGUGGAAAAUCACCACUCAGUUUCGCCGCAUCAUGCCAGAGAAGGCCCAGGAUAUCGGGGCCUGGCAGCCCAUUCUUCAAGGUGUCGCUAUAUUGGCUGUUGCAACAAAUGCCAUGAUCAUUGCUUUCACAUCUGACAUGAUUCCACGGUUGGUGUACUACUGGUCUUUCUCUGUGUACCCGUAUGGAGAUCACCCAAAUAACACCAUGCAGGGCUACAUCAACACCUCGCUGUCUGUAUUUGACAUCAAUGACUUCUCCAACUACAGCAGGCCCAUAGUGACACGGUACAGCAUCACCACCUGCAGGUAUCGAGAUUUCCGGUUCCCUCCCGGGCAUUCCAGGGAGUAUGAGCACAAUGUUUACUACUGGCAUGUGAUCGCUGCCAAAAUGGCUUUUAUAAUUGUUGUAGAGCACAUUGUUUACCUUACAAAGUUCAUCCUGUCCUACAUGAUCCCAGACGUCUCGUACACAGUCAAAGAACAGAUCAAACGAGAGAAGUACCUGACCCAGGUUAUCCUCCACGAGACAAACCUCAAGCUGGUGACCAAACGUUUGAAACCAGCCGCAGACAUGAUUGUCAAGAACACGGAGGCGAAUGCGACGCAGGAGGAGCUGGAGCUUGAUUUCUGAAUUAAAUCUAUGGAGGAAGAAAUCAGAGACGAUGUUCAUCCCUCAUACUGUAAAUACAUGACUACCCAGCUUUCUGCAACAUUUAUCCACCUCUGUUUGAAUACUGACUUUGUGAACCAGUGACGAAUUAAGACCUGGAACAAGAUAUGGACUUUUGUUGUGGAGAAUGCGUAGCAACCAGUAAGACGAUGUUUCUGUCGGACAAAGAAAGGAGAAACCACUUUUGUAUAGUCUUCACCCACCUACUGUGCUCAUGGUCUGGACCCCCGUCAGGCUGAAGUGUCUAAAAGGAAGAAGAAUAGAUCAUCUGUCCUCUGUAACUUUCCUCUCAGGCUGACCGAUAUAUCAUACAGGAUUUUUUGUAGCUGACGCACCAGUGCACAAACACAGUGUUCCUGAUUAGGAUGGAAUCACACUUCGGCAGGGCGCUGAACAUAAAUAACUUCUGAUAAGAAGGCUGGAGGACGGUGAUACUCUACUUGCGGCCCGUGGGCCAAAUCUGGCCCGCGAUAGGGUACUAGAUGGCCCCCAAACCAUUUUCUAAUUCACAAUGUAAAUAACAGACAACUCAGCAGGGGUCAAGGCGAGGCCCCCAUUGUCCUCAAAUCCUUAAGGUGCCUUAAAGUGGCCCCUGGGCAAUGCUAUUGAGUAUUUCUGCUGUCGGAUUAUGGGAUAUAGUGCGUUGUAAUCCUGGGACCAUAGACUUAACACUCCAACUUUAUAUACCCCAUUUUUCGUCAUGUCUCUUUAGUUAUGAAGUAGAAAUUAAUGAAAAUAUAUAAUACUUAGUGGUUCUGAUGAGCCCUCAGAGAGAAAUUAGAAAAUUUAGCCAAAAAAAAAAACAUCUUUUCCCAGAAUUCAUAGCUGCAUGUCUGGUGUUUGUUUGCUCAUACCUUUUGUUCUGAAGGUCGUAUAGACUUAGAACCAGGGUAUUAUCCCCCCACUGUCCACCUCCACGCCGCUCUCAUAUUCAAACGUGGACAGACAGUUAUAGGGCUUGGGGCAUAGGGAUCGAGUGGUGUUGUGACCCUGUGCAGCAUCACCCUUGGCAGGAGUGAGAGGUGCAGAGCAUCCUGGAUGCAGUGGGGGAUUCUGCCUGGCAGUGGUCACCUUUUCCUGUAGAAGCUCAACCACUGCACUGAGGAGGCUUUUUCUCCUCAGUCUGCCAUGGUCAGCCAUUUUUGGGAAAGAAGGUCCUAAAGAAAAUUAUGGUCUUGCGUCUUCGAGAGGAGCUCUGCAAGUCAAUGCUGUCCUUAUGUAGGGUCUCCUUACACCCUAAAAAUAUUAAUGUUUGCCUUGAUGAUUUAUUUUCCCUAAGAUAAAUGCAAAAAAAAUAGGUUGUCACUUAUGGAAGCCCUCCUGGAGGUUAUAGACGCUCUGAACCAAGACUGUCCAUGCUAUACUCCUUAUUGCACAUCCAACAGUACCACUUAUGACUUCCUGCAACCACUUGGGCGCAUUCACACCAAGAUGGUCUGGGGGACUCUGUUCGAUUGGGUGGGGAAUGCAGAAAAAUGUCACACCUUCAUUUGGUUUGGUUCACUUUCACACAGCACUUUCUAAAGCGCACCAAACCCCCUGGACAACGUUAUGCAGUUACAACAGCUGCUCGUUUGUAGGCGGUAUUGCCCAAAACGACCACUGACCAGGGGAAAAAAAAGCAUGAGGAAGAAGAAAGCCCGGCUCAUUGAUUGGCCAGGGCCGAAAACGGAAAUCCAUCCCCUUCAGCCGGCUUGGUCACCACAAAAACACCAAAAUGCACUGUGCUCUACGUCACUUCCUCUCUUUGGUUCACUUCCUCUCUUUGGGUCGUUGGAUAGUCCGUUUGCGGUUCCCACUGUAAGCGAACCGCACCAGGGUUCACUUGAAAGUGAACCGAGAUGCCCAGUUUUCAAGCGGACCAGGGUUGGCUCGUUUGGUCUGCACCAGAGUUCAAAUGAGCAUUCACACCACUCCAAACGAACCAAACUAUCCGUGGAAGCGGACCAGGGUUCAUUUAAAGCGGACCAAAUAGCACCAGUGUGAAUGCAUCCUAAAGUAAUUGAUAUUUGGAAAGGGAUGGGUUAGGGUUAGGGACUAUAAAGUUGUGAAGUACAGGGUUAGGGUUAGGGUUAAGAGUAAUGUUAAGGGUUGGUGUUAAGGUUGGAGUUCAGUGCUAUUUGUUCUAAUCUGAAGCCAGUAUUGAAUUUUAAUGUAUUUAGAUUUUAACCACUUUAAACAGUAGAUCAAUUCUGAAUAACUUCAAAUGUAUUUAUAUUACACACAUUACGCUAAGUGACUUGCUGGUGUUUCAUGUAUUGGUAUUGGUAUUGUAUUUUUGCAGCCUGGUUUGGAUAUGACAGCAAAGAGAAGCAAAUGAGUGCCUCACACUUUGAAGUUUCACACUAAAGAGCACCAACCAUUUGGUGGAUUAAGUAUGAAAUACAACCAAACAAAACAAUCCCGGCUCAACGUGCACCUACGAGUUCUCUUCCAGGUCUUCCGGUCAUCUGGAAAUGUGCUCAGUUGUUGUGGAGAUGGUUCCGGUGAUAUGUGAGCUUGUAGGAUUUAGCGUUGGCCUAAAAUGUAAGCUACCCAGAGUUACCCAGAGUUUCUUCCAGUUUUAUGUUUGUGUUACAUUUCAGCUUGGUGAAAUCAGCAUUGCGGUGCAUCACUCUGUCCACUGAGCUUCAUGCCGGGGGCUGGAAGCUUUCACAUGUGUAACCAACAAGUGCCACAGCUGGGUGAUUAUUUUAGUGUAAUGCUGUCACGAAAUAUCAGUAUUAUUAUUAUAUAGACAAGAAAAUGCAAUACUGAUGAUGGACGAAGAGUGUUUUACACUUCAGCUCACACUGUUACACAAGUGAUGAGACCAAAAGAGUUAGAAUAGACAUGGACUAACUGAUACACUGACUAAGUGUGCCUCGAACACCUUUACCUUAGUGAGCAUCUCGAAUGUUUCAGAAGCUGUGUUGUUUGUAGGGUGAUAGACGUGAUGCCACGUGAAGAGUUUACAAUGAUUUCAAACUGACCGCUCUUUCAUCAUCACUCCAAAUGCAGUUUAGCCUUUUUUUAAAUUUAGUGAACAAAUCGCAGCCCUGUGAAGUGGUUUCGUCAACGAUGUGAGUAUAGUCUGUCACUUCCUCUAUUCAGAUACUCUCAUCCACUAUGCACUUUUUAAUGACAUGAGUUUGAGUCCUGUGCCUUGACCACUGCACUGCACAACAUUUUGACUACAUGUUUUAUCCUGUGAUAAAGGCGAUACAGUAAUUUAGACUUUUCCUGUGUCACUGCUUCAAUCUUGGAUCAAUACCUCUGCUGUAUUAUUGCCUCGCCAAUGGUACCAUAACGACCAUGUAUGUAAACAGUAUCAUAUACAUGCAAUAUCUGAUCAUGCAUAUGUGUCUUGUAUUUUUAUCUUGUCAGUGCCAUGAAAUUGUUCUAUAAAAAAAAAAGUUUUUCUUGUGUGUAUUAAGUCUUGGGUUAAAAGCUCUCUUAAGAUUAAAAAACUUUACACCAGU